AUGAUCUCGCGAUACGCGCGGAAGCCGGUGCCCCCCGGCGCUUCGGAGAUACAAGGACUUCCAAAACAUGCCUUGCGGCAUCAUCCACUGCCAGAACCACGAGCUGAGGUGUGCCCAGCCGUGCCCACGGCUGAAAACUACAGCAAGAUCUCCAGGGAGUCUGAAACCUGGAAGGAAUCGGAUUACCCUUCUGGUACUCCAGCUGAUGAUGGGAAAUCAUGGUCUGCUAGUCAGAGUUACGCUGACACCUCCACGGAAGACAGCUCAGCCUUCUCUUGGGGCUACGAUGAAUUUGAUAAAGCUGCCACACAACAAGUUCAGCAAAUGUUCAGACAAAUUGAUGAGCUUCUCUAUGAGCAGAAAGAAAAUGUGCAUGUUGAGGGACUGCGGGAAGAAUGCCACCAGUGGACAUCCAACUUUCCUCAUCUUAGGGUUGUGGGGAAGCAGAUAGUGAUCCCCACAGAUGAAGGGUAUGGAUGGUAUUCAAGUUCACCUUCUGGCAGUUUAGCUUCCUCGGAUGUAAGUUCACCACGAGAAAAAGAUUCUAAUGAAUUUAGUGUUUUUGGCAAGAAGGUACCUCUUUCUGUUACUCCCGUUCACAAAAAGGCUGACCGUUCCAAGUCUCCGACCUUGUGUUCUCCAGAGAGCGAAGAAGGUGAAGAUGGAGUAAUUGUCUCUGAAGGCGUAAUGGAGGAAUAUUUAGCAUUUGACUGCAGAGAUGUGGAGGAGGAGUUGCAUGAGAGGCAAAUCGGACUCUCCUCUGGUAGACGGAAAUUGGGGUUUCCUCCUAUCUCUCCGUGUUCCUGCAUGAAGGAUUCUGUGCUCACAUUUCUGUUUGAUGAUGUGUGGAGUGAAGUCCUAGGCUGCAUGGAAGAAUUAAUCUGCAGACAUUGGGAAGGGUCAGCCUCUGAUGAUGAGAAAAAUAUCAUAACAGUAGAAACAAUCGGAGCAGAUGCCAGAAGCCUUUUGCAGUUUGAUCCUCUGCCAGCGUUGUUACCUCGUGUGCCGCAAACGAAAAUGCCCUCAGUGACAUCUGAGUGCCCAAAAACCAGAUGUGGCCGCAAAAGCAAAAAGAGGAGAAAAACACCUCAAAUAAAUCUCUCUCAAGGGUCAAGUAGUGGCUCUCAACGUAAUCUAAAUGGCUUGAUGGUGAUACAUGGGAUCCAGUUACAGAAAAGGAAUCUGCCUGUAAUGGAGAAAACACUGGACCUGGAUGACAAACGGCCAGGCUCCAGUUCCAUCCUCUCUACCAGAGUGUGGCCAAAUCGUCCUCUAGAGCUCAGCACAUCAUCCCUGUCACACUCCACGAGAAGGCGAAACCCACCACCACGUACCCUGCAUCCCAUCAACGCAAGCCACUCUCGUACUGGGACCCCAGGGUCUGCUGUGGACAAUGUCUUCAGGGGAACUCGACUUCCGACUGCACAUGAGCAGCUGACUUCACCCUCCCCACUGCGGCUAAGCCGAAAUAAUCUCCUACCGCCUAUUACUACCACCGAUGUGGCAGAGCAUGCGAGCACUGCAGGGGCCCAGAGGCAAACGAAAUCUCGAGGGAACUCAAGUCGAGCUCGCAGUGUAACAACACAUGAAGAUACCCACCAGCAGCUACAGGAGCGGCUUUUCUUACCUGAUCACGUCUCCAGGCCUAACACAACCAACGCAUUCUUGCCAGAUCCACAGCACCGCCGUUCUUGCACUGUUAUUGAUUAUAGUAAUCAAUCUUGGACAAGCAGAGGAUCGACAGGUUCAGGUCUUCAGCUGCAUGGUUCUGUGAAAGCCCACAGUCGAAGUGGAUCAGUCACAAAAAGCAAACAGGGGUUCUAAGGUGCCAUGAAGAAGUGUCCAUCCAUCUCCAGAGAGCCAUGAACCAACUCUCAUUCUCAGCAAUGUCAACAUUGUUUACAGAGAGUUUUCAAACACCCUUCCUUAGGAAUAAUUAUUUUUAUAUAAAUCUAAGAAGCAGCUGCCAAAGAUUAGAAGGGGUAUACUUAAACAUUCCAUUUUCUACCAGUAGAAAAAGUGAUACUCCAGUGGAAGGGUGAAUAUACUCCAGUGGGCAGGAAAGCCUAACUGCUAGAAAAUCAAGCCAAUGCUCUCAGUCAUUGCUGUUUUCCCAUUAGUGGCUUGUUACUGGUUCAUGUUGUUAGAGGCAGGUACUGCAGAACCUGCUGAUUUUUGUUAGCUCUACAGAAGAUUAAUCAGGUUUUCCAUAGCAGUAAUAAUUUACAUUUAUAAAGCUAUAUUUAUAUGUCUAAAGCAAUAUUACACUAUCAAAAGCAAGCACUGCACAUGAUACUGCUUCUACAACUCAAGUUAUGAAUCCUGUAGUAAUUGCAGCAGAUAUUAACAUAGUUGUGUAAAAAUAAGGUAGCAAACCCGAUAAACGGAACUGACAGCUUUAAGGGUAGCACACCACUGAGUCUUCCUGUGUUUUAUACCUCUUCCUCAGUGACUGAAGAAGGUUUUAGAGGCAAAAAGGAGUCUCUUACUGUGAGUAGUUCCAGACAGUAUUCAAAGAAAGUACACUGUCUUCCUGGUGAGAUGUUAUAUGGUAAUUUCACAGAACAGGUCAGUCUCCCUUUCUAAAAAUAUCUGCAAUUAUACAAGAUUUCUGCACUCCACCACAAAGUUCCACAACCCACAGAUGGAAUGUACCUUUUGGUAGAUGUGUUCUGUACUGCGUGACAGACAUACCGGAGGUAUUAGCUGUAGUUGCCCUUGUGGCUCCGAAUAAAACAAAAACAUGAAGUACAAAAUAAGUGAUUAGUUGAAGGUCUUACUCCCAAGCAGUACAUGCCAGACUACAAGUAAGCAUAAAGACAAGGUGAAGGAUAACCACUUACUGUAUUUUAACCAAGUUAGGACACUGCACAAAAACAGUUGUUUCUUUAUAAUCCAAUCAAAGAGCACUUUUUUCUAAAUUUCCUUGUUAAUAUUUUCCAAAUUACAAUUUGUAACAGGCAAAACCUGUCAGUAUUCUUUAUGCAGUGGCCCCUACUUCCCCACUCUAAGUUAUGCGAUCUACCAAAUAUUAGGGGGACCUACAGAACAGCUAAUAGUUUUUAAUCAAUAUUGACAUUCUUGAGUCUAGUUGAUCCAAGCAUGCUCUGAUCCAAAAGAAAGGCAAAGAAAGCAAAGCAGAACCAUGCAAAUGUAACUGGGCUAAUGUUCCUUUGCAUUUCUAGAGGGGGGGGGGG